AUGUCUAUAGUGCAAAGACAGCUCCUCACUAUGUCCUUCAAGGCACCUAUCCACUGGACGUUAGCUGCAUUGGCUCUACUGGCUCUUCAGGCUGGGACUAUAGACAUGUAUCCACUUACAGCCAGGACUAACAGAACCUCGGGAACACACUGGCAGACUUUGCUAUCCAGGUCUAUGGUUGGGAUCUCAGGGCACAAUGCAGAGCUGAACUGGGACAGUCCUGACUAUUUGCUGGGGAUCAAGAGACUGCGGCGACUUUACUGCAAUGUUGGCAUCGGGUUUCACCUUCAGAUCCUGCCUGACGCGAGGAUAAACGGUGUUCAUAGCGAGAGCCAGUACAGUUUGUUACAAAUUUCAACUGCUUCAAGAGGUGUCGUUACGCUGUACGGACUAAAGAGCGGCCUAUUUGUGGCAAUGAAUAACAAGGGGAGGUUAUAUGGAACGGUUAAUUUUCACGAUGAAUGCAAGUUCAGGGAAACCCUGUUGCCUAACAAUUAUAACGCCUAUGAAUCAGAAGUUCACAAAGGGAUGUAUAUAGCAUUAAGCAAACAUGGAAAACUAAAAAAAGGAAACCGAGUUUCUACUAAGAUGUCAGUGACCCACUUUUUACCAAGAUUAUGA